AUUUGAAUUUCAAGCAGCUCCAUAGUCUUUUUCAUACUAUUGCUAUUGGUCCAAUCCACGGGCCACUAAUAGCCCAUGGGCCGACCACAACAUUUUUAACCCCUUUAUCUUUGCGCAAGCAAAACAGGGCAAAUGUCCGUGCCAACAGCAUCCUGUAUCCAUCAAUGCGGUUGCAGGGGCGCUACGCUGCGUUCCUCCGCCGGGCAUCAGCCCUGCCGUCCCUGCCGCUGGUGGCUUCCCUCCACGCCGCCGUGCUCCGCCGCGGAGUCCCCGCCCUCCUCGCGUCGUCCCUCAUCCAAGGCUACUCCGCCUGCGGGGACCUCGACUCCGCGCGCGCCCUGUUCGACGAAACGCCCCCAACGCUCUCGUCCCGCACCGCGCUCGCCGGCGCGCUCUCGGCGCACGGCCGGUGCGCGGAGGCUCUGGAUCUGCUAAAUGUCCCGGAGGCAGGGGUGGACGACAGGGCGGUGACGGUGCUCCUGGCGGCGUGCGCGCGCGCAGGGAUGGUGGCCGAGGGGAGGCGCGUGUUCGCGAGGGUACCCCGCCCCGCGCUGCAGCACUACACGUGCAUGGUGGAGAUGCUGGGGCGCGUCGGGGAGGUGGAGGAGGCCGAGAGACUCGUGGCCGGGAUGGAGGCGCGCCCGGACAGGGUCAUCUUGGCGGCGCUCCUCACCGCGUGCCGCGUGCACGGCCGGGUUGACGUUGCCGAGCGGGUGGCCGGGCUCAUGCGCCGGUAUGCCGUUGCGUGAAAACUCGCGGUCUGACUAAUGCAUCAUCAGUUGAAGACUUGAAGCGCAGUUCAGACCUCUGAUCUGAAAUGAUCAUCCAUCGCCAUGCAUCUUUUGGGUGGAUUGCUUGCUUGGACACGAAUCGGACUAAGAAAUACUCCAUAGAUGGCAAUGUGGUAGCGUUGCUUGUAAGUGCAUUGUAUGUUUUCAGUCAUUCAUGCAGCAAGAGCCCCUCCUGGCUAGUAAAAUCAGAAGUCUGUCUGUUGAUUCGUUGACUGACUGUGUCUGUUGUGGGUGGCAACGUCUUCAGGUCAGUUCUGGCAUUUGCAUGGACAUUGCGCCUGAAUGCAACAAAUGCCUCAAACCAAUGCCCACGAGGUGUGUAUGGAGAUUGUAAUGCCAAUUUUCUUGUCUCAGACUGCAAAUUAUUAUCAUAUCAAUUUGCUGUAGCUAGCAGUGCAGCCAUAGAACCUGUGAAACAUGGAUACUUGGUUACAAAGUUCAACUUUCAGUCAAGUUUUGUGCAACACGGGUCUGAUUGAGACUUCCAUGAAACCGACCAAUUUGUCGUUGCUGUCAUGUUUGGGAACUUGUGGUGAAGCAUGCUUGGAAUUAUUAAGGUCUAGAAGCAGCUGAGUUUUCAACGUGUUCCAUGGUAGGGAAUGUGUUUGCUAACACUGUUGGAAGAAUCUUGGUAUCCAGAUUUAUUUGGUACCAUACUUCCUAAGUUAACACAUAUGAAGGAUGUCAUCUGACUGGAGCUCUUAAGAUUCUUCUGAUAAUUAGGAUAUGGCUGUGUGUCUGUGACAGAAUCCAAAGUUGGGCCUAGGAAUUUCAAAUAGCAAGUUUGAAACGUGGGCCACACAGUAGCAGGGGUUGCAGAUACUGCACGCUCUGCACAUAUGCUUGGAGUUGACACUAAGCCUGGCCUGUGAUUGGAGCACUUCAGACUUCACAUCGUUGGGAUAAAUCACAUAUGGUGGCUGUAAUAGACUUGUAAAAGUUGGUGGGCCAGGGUAGGGUAUUUUACAGAUUCUGAUCCUGGAUUCGUGCUGACUGCAGACUAAUCGGCUAAGGCCAACAAAUUAGCAGGCAGAAGAAACGGAUAUACGCAUAAGCACCAGCAUCUUUGCCCUUCCUUGUAUCCAAUGCAACUCCUACGAAGGGAAUUUUCCGUGGCAUUUUUCAUGUCCAGCAAUGAUAGAUCGACAGUUCCGUGGCUGGCAGUGCGGCUCUCUCCUGUGCCAGUCAUUUUUACGCCGAUGCUGAUCUCUGAAAGGGAGAGGCAUCCAGAGGUCAGGUCAGAACAGAGGUUGGCAGCUAGCUGAAGCUUCAAGGCGAGUCCGACCACCGUAGUGGCGUCUGACGUAGAACCUGUCGCCAUGCACUUACUUGUACAGGCUACAAGUAUAGGCUCGAGGACUGUAUCAGAUUCGGAUCCCCGGUGCCGCAGUGGCGUUCGCAUCUUGGCUGUCUGCCAAGAACAGCGCACGGCAAUAAUGGCUGUUGCUUUCGGUCUUUUACUUGGAGUCUAGGGCACCACUGCCGAGCGUGCAAGGUUCCAACUCAGGUGACGUGCCGAACUCCAAUUAGGGACUUGGCUCUAUGCUAAUCUGCUUGUACAUGCGGAACAUGCCAAGAUAUGUAACUUCUUUGUCUUGCUGUGAAUAUGUGAUAGGUCAGAGUUAUUCUACGCUGAUAUUUUCUGCCAAAUUUUAGAGAAAGAAUGCUGAAUUCUCUUUUUACAAUA